AUGACUUCAGUGCUGAGCAUAGCUCUGCUGACUUUAGUCCUAUUAGGGCCCACAGUGGCCUUUGUCCCCAUUGGAGGUGGGGCAUCCACUCAUGUCAGCAUUACAGGGACGGCUCUAUUGCAGAAGGUGACAGAGACAUGUCGGGCAGUGGCUGAGGCAGCUGGUCAUGAGUUCAAACCCACGGGUUCAUCUCCUGAAGAGCUGGUCCAGGCCUGUCUAGGUCCCACAGCAACAGGAGAAGUGUCUGGUGCCAAGUUUCACUCUGCUCUUCAACAAAUCUAUACCCAGAAUGGACUGGUAGACCGCGACUUUGUCAACAGUGCUCAACACCACUUCAACUCAGAGGCCUUUCUGGGGGGACGUGGCCUAAUCAUGGAGGGUAUGGCUGCAAUUAAGGCUAACAUUCGAAAGGAGAACUUCCAGGCUGCCAGGGAAACACUAGGCAGAGUCCUUCACACACUACAGGACUUCUACAGCCACAGUAACUGGGUGGAGCUGGGAUACACAGAGCCAUACAUCAACCUCAUACGCCCAGACCUUCCUCUGGAAAACCUGGCAGAUGUCGAUACCGCCACCUGCAGUGACUGUGCCAGUGGAACAUGCCCCAAUUCCAUCCUCCCCAACAUCUUGAAGGAAAAGAAACUCACAUCAGGCUACAUGGGAAUCUUCUCUGCUGCCAAGCCCAAAGGUAAAUGUAGCCAUGGAGGUGCAGGUGACCUGACCAGUGCAGUUAAUCCUCGCGGUGGCAUCAGCAAAGAUGAGCGCCGCUCCGACAACAUGGCCCUUCACAACGCCGCUGUGAAUGCAGCCACGGCCGCCAGCCUCCAACUGCUGCAAGACAUCCGGUUAGCUGCUGGGGACAAUGACUUUCUCAGAAUGAUGGGGAUUGCCCGCUCAUCCGUCGUGUGCUUUGUUAUUGACACCACUGGCAGUAUGUCAGAUGACAUCGAUGAAGCCAGGGCGGUUGUUUACAAAAUCAUUGACAGCAAAAAAGGAACACAGGAUGAGCCAUCCGAGUACAUUCUGGUGCCUUUCAAUGACCCGAAGUUUGGACCGAUGAUCAGGACAACUGACCCUGAUAAGAUGAAAAGAGAAAUCUCCAAGCUCACUGCAACAGGAGGGGGUGAUAUUCCUGAGAUGUGCCUGUCAGGACUUCAGUUGGCUCUCACUGGUGCCCCUGCCUCCUCCCACAUCUAUGUUUUCACUGAUGCUACAGCCAAAGACAUUGCCCUCAAGGACACUAUUGUCGCUCUCAUCAGGAGCACCAAAUCAACGGUAUCAUUCUUCAUGACCGGGGCCAGUAGGAGGCGCCGUCGUUCCCUCAGAGCCGGCUCUUUUGAAGACUACAAGAGUUUGGCUUUGGCCUCUGGAGGUCAGGCCAUCCAGGUGUCUAAGAAGCAGUUACCUCAGGCCACAGACGUCAUUCUUGACACCUCCACUUCAGCUCUGGUGACAGUUGUUCAGCGAGCAAGAAACCCUGGGAAGCAGGAGACCUUCCCCUUUAUGUUGGAUGAAUCUCUGAAAAAUAUCACCAUCUACAUCACAGGGACAUCCAUUGCUUUCACACUGACAAGCCCUGCAGGUGUGAGCCAGAGCCACAGUGAGGCCAGCGGUAAACUGGGGACCAUACAGAUAGUAGGAAACCUGAGGAGAAUUCGUCUCCACGCUGACAACCAGGCAGGCACCUGGAAGAUCAACAUCAACUCCAACCAACCAUACACACUUAAAGUCACAGGUCAGAGUACUAUUACAUUCAUCUAUGACUUUGUGGAAAGCUUCAAGGGACCUCACCCAGGUUACGCAGUACUCAGUGGGCGUCCACAAGCAGGCCACCCAGCCACCCUGAUGCUCUCAUUAAUGGGUAGGAAAGGUCCAUCCUCCAUCACCAUAGGACAUGUUGCCCUGGUAACUGUGUCUGGUCCUGAGACUGUUAGAAAUGGCACAACAACUGACCUCGGCAACGGAGACAUGCUGGUGACUGUUGAUGCAGUCCCUGAGGGGGAGUUUGUGGUCAUCCUGAAAGGGACUGACAAAGUGUCAGACAGUGAAUUUCAGAGGCAGUCUACCACCCAGAUGUCCGUCUCCAAAGUGAAUAUCCAGGCUGUGGUAAGCAGCAGUGUGGAGCCAGGAAAAACCUUCAAGCUCCCCUUCAGUGUCAUGACCCAGGGCUCUGGUGGUCAAUACUCCAUCAGCGCCAGAAAUGAUAGAAACUUCCCCAUGUCCUACCCAGACAAGCUCUCCUUGACAACUGGACAAUAUACUAAUGCUACUAUGACCAUUACACCACCUGCCAAGACACCAUCGGGCACUGAUGUCACACUGACUGUUGAAGCCAAGUCGUCCAGUGGUGUUGACUCCAAUUAUGUCGUUUUGAGAUUCUCUGUUGUUACCAAGAUUACUGAUUUUGUUCAGCCUUUGUGUGAAGUGUUAAGCGUGCUGUCUGAUGAUUGCCCUAAAGACUUGUCUCAGUGUGGACCUUUCCAGUGGGAGCUCAUGGCCAACCUUACAGAUGGAAACGGCACCGGGAUAGAGCGCGUUUCCCUUCGACAGGGCAGUGGAAACCUCACAACCACCUCCUUGAGUGCUCCUAUCAUUCAGGCCAACUAUACUGCCUCCUGCUGCUCCCAGAUUGUUGAGUUUGUAGCUGUAGAUAAAGUUGGAAAUGUGGGCAGGUGCCAUCAUUCUAUUGUACCUUCUUCUGGCCCUCCUGCCUUAACCCUGUCACUGCCACUGUGGUUGUGCCUGCUGGUAUCUGCCUUAGUAACAAGGUUCUAA